CAUAUGAUCAUCCCACUGUCGGUCGGACGUCCAGCGCUGGUGUUCACUUGUACUUUGUAGGCGUUGACUUCUUCCAUACACUUUGUACUCGUGUUUUUAGUCUUUACAAAGCUGUUAGCUGGUCCUUCUCACACCCUUUAGCGUCAAAUAAAUCAAGUCACCAUGGCUCUGAGCAAUGCGGACGUUCAGAAACAGAUCAAGCAUAUGAUGGCCUUCAUUGAGCAGGAGGCCAAUGAAAAAGCUGAGGAAAUCGAUGCAAAGGCGGAGGAAGAAUUCAACAUCGAGAAGGGUCGUCUGGUCCAGCAACAACGACUUAAAAUUAUGGAAUUUUUUGAAAAGAAGGAGAAGCAGGUCGAGCUUCAGAAAAAAAUCCAAUCCUCUAAUAUGCUCAAUCAAGCUCGUCUGAAGGUUCUGAAGGUGCGUGAAGAUCAUGUUCGCAAUGUACUUGAUGAAGCUAGGAAAAGAUUAGGUGAAGUGACUCGUGAUCCAUCUCGCUAUGGACAAGUUCUCAAAUCGUUGGUCAUCCAGAGUCUGUAUCAGUUGAUGGAAGCAAACAUCUUGGUUCGAGUUCGCCAAGCUGAUGUUGGCCUCACAGAAUCGAUCAUCGAUUCCAUUCAAGAUACGUACAAAGAUGUAUCUGGCAAAGAUACCAUCAUUAAGGUAGACAAAGAUAACUUUUUACCUGCUGACAGCUGUGGAGGAGUUGAGUUGAUCGCUGGUAGAGGACGCAUAAAGAUCAGUAACACCUUGGAAUCGAGGCUUGAGCUUAUUGCUCAGCAAUUAGUGCCAGAGGUUCGUUCGGCUCUAUUCGGGCGCAAUCCCAAUCGCAAAUUUACCGACUAAGUGCCCAUCACUCAGCCCACAUCUGUGUCUCUACAAAACAUUCCCUUUUUCGCAACUAACAACUAUUGAAAUGUACAGUAUAAUAUGUGGAAUCAGUAUAUGACAAUACUUCCGCUUGAAUCAAGAAUGUAUCACGUUGGAAAAAAAUACAAGUUCAGUAGUUUAGUAAAAAAAACUAUAUAACGUGCAGAAUAAUAUUAUGAAUGACCUUUACCCACCUAAACAGUUACAUACUAUAUCAUUGAUUCACAUUAAUUGUUGACUUUCUCUUACACGUGGUGGGUAUAAAUUUAUUCUUUCUUUGACGAGAAAUAUUCAGAACCGGUGAGUAAAUUAUAAAGUGUCGAAUGUGAACGCGUGUAUUCGUAAUAUGAAAUCAUUACAAGAAAAGAUUUUUUUUAAAGAAGGCAUUUAAAAUUAUGGCUAACGAGAAUUAUUAAAAUCAAUGGAGAAGCAAAUAUCCAUGCUACAUAUUAUUAAUACUUACUGUACUAUUGGUUAGGCGCAAGAUAAUUAAUAAUUGAUGAUUAUUCCCAAAACUGAUUAAUUUGAUUCAAAGUGCAAUAAAUUCAUUGUUAACGGAAUGUUUAUCUGAAACAAUGUUAUGUGGUUGCUUUACUUUGGUUGUUGCAACACUUUACCUUAUCAUUAUUCUAGACGUAUUCGAGAGUAGAGAGCAGUAUUAUUGAUGAUGCACAAAGUUGCGCAUACUAGGCGAUAUUUGAAUAGGCUCUUAUAUUGGCCUCACUUUAGUAAUA